AUGUAUAGACAAAUACCUUUAUCUGUUGCGUUCAGUAGUGAAAACCCUGACGUCAAAAUAAAGGGGAACAGAGUAACGUUUAAGUUUCCAACAGACUGGAUUGUGAACAUAAAUGAAGAGAAGUACAUUGGCAUAACAUCUAUGUAUAUAACACGUGCUUUCAGAAAGGUUGACUUUAUACUUCAAGUCGAGAUAGAAAAUGACGAACAGUCUUUUAGCGCCCAAAACAUUCACAUAUACAAAUACUUUAAAGACGAUACAACAUUGCAACAAUGUAUGAUUUCAUUUAAUGAGAUGUUCGAGAAAAAGUUCAACAUUGAAGUACAAACUUUACAGCCUUUACGUGAGUUUCUUGCACAACUGAAAGAAGAAGGUAGUCAGCCACAACUUAUAGACUUUCAUUAUGAAUUUAAUGAAAAUGAAGAUGGAACACAUGACUGUCAGUUUGUUGUAUUCUCACCAUUCAAUGAAGUCGCUAAAAAGAAAGAAAAUCCAUUACGUAUAAGAUUUCAAAUCUCUGAACCAAGUGAUGAUUUCAAGAAUGUUUUCAAUUAUGAUGCAAUGCUUCCGAAAAAUGAAUUUUCAAAGAUUGUAACACCUGGCAUUUGGGAUAGAAAGCAAGCUAUAUUAUAUUCAAACUUAAGUAAGGGAGUUGAAAAUGAGUUCAUUGGUCAUACAAGAACUUCACCACUUCCUAACCCUAAAU